UCCAUUGGGAGAUUGGGGUUGACCUUGUUGGGAAUGGGUGCUCCAGUGGGAAAUUGGGUUGACCUUGUGGGGAAUAGGUGCUCCAUGGGGAGAUUGGGUUUGGCUUUGUCGGGAAUUGGUGCUCCGCUAGGAAAUUAGGGUUGAACUUCUGGGGAAUGGGCACUGCAGUGGUAGGAUUGGCAUUGACCUUGUGGGGAAUAGGUGCUCCUUGGGGACAUUGGGGUUGACUUUGUGGGGAAUGUGCGCUCCACUGGGAGAUUGGGGUGGGGAAUGAGUUGAUUGACAGCUCGACAGACCAAUGGGCAGCGUGCCGCGCUCUGCACCAAUGAGGAGAGUGGCUGUGUCCCCGGAGUGGGCGGGCUUUGUGCCGGCCCCGGGAAUGGGGGGGAUGGGAGGUUCCCGCCCGUUAAACCGUCACUCCGUGUCACCGACAGAAAACAACAACACCAGUACUUUCAGGUCAUCACUGAGGCAAAAUGGAGGUGGAGAGUUUGACCAGUAUUUGCUGCUACACGAUGCUUGCUUCCGCUAUAUUUUUCUACGUGGUGUCACCAAUUCAUUGGAAGGAAGAUGUAAGGCAAAGAUUCCUUUGUAAGAUUUAAGACUUACACCGAAUUAUUGGGGCACUAUACUGGCAUGGCUUAUUCAUUUGACUCUGCAAGAAGGGAGAUGACUGAUGCUAUACACACCAGCAAUCAUGUUGGUGGUGCAAACACAGCAACAAAGUACCUGCUGAAGAAACAACACAAGCAGGUGAAUGGACAGACCCGAGAAACCCGAUCUACCUCACCAAUGGGCAGGGUGAUCCUUAUUACUGGUACUUCUCCAGUUGAAGCUGGUACUGAAGAAUACAAUUCAGCUGAGGCGAUCCACACCAUCACAGUGGGGAAAAGUCUUGAUGGGAAGUUGGGAUUCAGUGUCCGUGGGGGUUCUGAACAUGGUCUUGGAAUAUUUGUGAGCAGAAUAGAAAAAGGAAGUGCAGCUGAGCAAAGUGGGCUCUGCGUAGGUGAUAAAAUUAUGGAAGUUAAUGGAAUUAGUUUAGAGAAUAUCACCAUGGGAAGUGCUGUCACUGUGCUCACUGGAAGCCAUCACCUACAUUUGGUAAUAAGACGCUUGGGGAAAGUUCCAGGGAUCAAGUUUUCUCGAGAACUGACCACAUGGGUUGAUACUGUAACAAGAAGAAUAAUAGCAGAAAAAAAUCAAAUAUCUGCAGACAGUGUAUCUGAGGAUGGAGCCAGGAGAAUCAUCCAUCUUUACACUAGUUCAGAUGAUGUGUGUCUUGGUUUUAAUAUCAGAGGUGGAAAGGAAUUUGGUUUGGGAAUAUAUGUGUCCAGAGUUGAUCCUGGAGGACUAGCAGAACAGAAUGGCAUUAAAGUUGGUGACCAGAUACUGGCAGCCAAUGGAAUAAGCUUUGAGAAAAUUACCCACAGUAAGGCAGUAGAAAUCCUGAAGAGUUACACACAUGUGAUGCUGACAGUUAAGGAAAUUGGUAAAUAUCCUGCAUACAAGGAAAUGGUGGCCGAAUACAGCUGGUUGACUAAAUUGACAAAUAAUCAUUCUCAGCGCUUUGGCUCAGACAUAAAUUCCUCCACUUCAUCUCAUUCAUCUGGGACACCUUUGAGCUCCAUGAGUGAUUCUUUGCAGGUCUUCCUCCCCACUACCCACAGUUCAACUGACAUGGUAGAUGUAUGUAUUUCCACAGAGGACUCCAAAUCUCUUCAGUACAAUCGUCUAAAUACAAUAGAGACUGCAAUACAAACAGACCUCCAGUUGUCUCCCUCCUCGAAUGUUGACAUUUCAGGUGAACAAAGGACAGGAAAGCCAGUGACAGAGCGAAGCCGGACACUUGGGCGUACAGUUAUCUUAAAGGAGACAGCCAUUAGAUCAGAGAGUUUUAAAGAAAUGUGCAUCAAACAAAGAACUGGCGAUUCUGCUGAUGAACUUUUGCUCUCUCCAAAAACUGCAAUGCUGUUGGCCCUAAGUAAACCAAGGAAACCAAUCAGUCGAUCACAAAGUUACAUUACAAUUGGAGAGGACAAGAAGAAAAAGAAAAAGAAGCAAAAGACUUCUACAGAAGGAACAAAGUUGGAGCGCUCCAAAACAUUUAUGAACCUGCUUUUCAGAGGCACUCGAUCUGGAAGGCAGUCAAGUGAGCAAAAUCUAAAAGAUAAAAUCAGGUCCAAAUCCCCAUCUCCCUCAGAAACAGAUAAAGUGACGGCUGUUCAAAGAUUCGUCAUCAGAAGUCUUAAGCGAGAAAAAGAAAGAGGUCAUCACUUUGACAUUUUGGGCUCCCAGCGAGAUCAGCAUGGCCUCUCAACAGCAGACAUGUAUAGCCAUGCGUUAGCUGUGAUUGAAGACAUUGCCAGAAAGCUCCUGAAUCAAGAUGAAGUCAAUGCAGUUUUGCGUCACUGUAAGCAGUUUGUUUCAGGUGGUGGAGUGGAAGACUUGGUGCGGCCCCUACUUUCUAUAUUAGAUAAACCGGAGAAGUUGCUGAUAUUGAGAGAGAUCCGGGCCAUUAUUGGACCAACUGACUUGGGCAGAUUUGACAGCAUGGUGAUGCCUUACGAACUGGAAGCAUAUGAUAUUCUAAAGAACAGAGCAGGGAGAUCUCCAGUACUGAGGGCUGCUGACAGUGGACUGACCCCAAAGAGACAUUUGAUUACACCAAUUCCAGAUUACAGAGGUGGGUUUCAUCUGAAACCAUCUCAGGAUUAUGAAAAGGAAAGAAUGAUGAUGGAACAAAUCGAAAAGCUGAGGAUAUCAAGCUCCCCGCGGAAAGGAAAUAACAUUAAAUCAUUCACAGCUUUAGAAGAUGUGCCAGUGGAUUCAUACAACAUAGACAGUACUUCCUUUAAAACAGCUUCAAGCAGACCAGUGAGAUCAAACUGGUUAUUAACAGAGACCUUUCGAACUCCAGAACUACCAUCUGCUGCAAAGCAGGAUAUCAAUACCACCCAAUCUGAGCCGGCUGGCAAUGGAAAAUCAAGCCAUCAAGAAACUAUAAAAGAGAAAACAGAGAAAAUUAAAGACUUGCCAUUGUAUUCAGUAGUGAAUAAAUCCAAAAAAGCACAACCCUUAUUAGAUCAUGUGUUUAAAGAAACUUCGUCAGUGUCAUUCUAUAGCAAAGAAACAGAAAACACAAAUGUACACAGCCAAAAUUGUUUUGAGGAAGAACCAAUAUAUGCAGAGAUUGACGAAUUUUUGGAAAAUGCACAUGCAGAAAGGAAUAACACCAGUGAAGAAACAGGAUUGGUAAAAAGUACAGAAAAGAAAAUACAGGAAUCUGAGUUGGUGAUGGUCAACAUUUCCAAGAUGAAGCAAUCGUUAGGGAUCAGUAUUUCUGGUGGGAUUGAAUCUAAAGUGCAACCUGUUGUAAAAAUCGAGAAGAUUUUCCCAGGAGGUGCUGCGUCAGUAAAUGAAACUCUUAAGGCUGGUUAUGAAUUGGUUUCGAUUGAUGGAGAAAGCCUACAAAAUGUCACACACCGGCAAGCAGUGGACAUAAUUCGUCGAUCUUACAGUAAUAAAUCUCUAGAUCCAAUGGUGUUGGUUGUUAAGGUACCAAAGAGCAGCUGAAGACUAAAUCAUUUAAGACCAUGACAGACUGUUGGCAUUUAAAUUGGGAUGAUUGCACAGUACAGAUAUUAUAAAAUGAAUCAUGAGUGUCUCUCAACAGCACUCCAUUUGAAAUCUGACCCACUUUACUGUUGAUUUUAAAAUCAAUUUACAAUAAAUUUCAAACAAUAGUGUUUUUCUUCAUUAUUCAUAACAAGUAAAUUAAUCAUUACUUUCACUCCAUGUGUAUCCCAAAACAGAAUUUGACACAAUUCCUUCAUCAGAUGAUUAUUAAAUCAUUUUAUGGAAAUGUAUUCAUUUUCAUUUUUCACAUCAAACUAUAAGAGUAUCAGCUGGUGUAUAAUGUUAAGUACUCACUUCCAUUGCAAUGCACCAUUUGGUCAAAGGGUUUGCUUUUACAUUCACCGCAUGGCUUAU